AUGGUCAAUUCUCAUAGGGGAAGCUUUCUGGUGGCUAUUGUUUUGCUCAAAACUGUGCAUAUCAAAGCUUUGGCACCUCAUGGAAAUGGCCUUCCCUGUCAGCCUGAUGUUCUCAAAGAAGUGAAGCAGAAGCUUGAUCUUGGAUCUGUUAAGUUUGAGGCCCUGUGCGACAAGGACCGUUCUCCCAAAAAGAUCCCUGGAGUGGGCAGCCUUGAGAGAAGAAUUCUGGAAGUUAAUAGAAAAAGAGUCAAGGUUGUGAAGCCAGGUUCAAAGACUUCUUUUCCUACCACUGAAAUUCGUGGAAGUUAUGCUCCUCCCUUCCAUGUGGAGCUAUUCCGAAAUGAUCAACAUCGCCUUAGGAUUGUUGUGGACAGUGAGAAUGAAGUAGACUUGAUGGUGCAGACUCGGCAUCUGCGAGAUGUCAUCGUUCUUGUAAUACGAGGCCUUGCUCAGAGGUUCAACAGUACAUCCCUCAAUUCACUUCUGAAGAUAGAGACAACAUUUCAGUAA